CGCAGCCAAAGACAACACUUUCAUCUGAUAUUGCGUAAGAGCAAGAACUGUUUGGCACCAUUUGGCUGCACUUCGAUCCCGAAAUGAACGAUAUACGCCUGCUGAAGGACCAACAGCGUGAAAAGCACCCCGGUUUCGAUUCGUACAUCGAGUGUUCGACGCGAUCCUUGUUUACUGGGCUCGCGACAUUCUCACUCGGGUUCGCCGGCGUUUACUUCCUACAGCAGGUCGGUCAGCGUUACCUGCCGUACACGAAAAAGGGCAACAUUCUAGUAGCGGCCAUCGUUUCCACCGUUGCAUCGUACAAGGUAACGUCGGACCGCAUGCGUGCCUGCCAGGCACGCUGGAUGGCAGUAGAGGACAAGUACAGUGUGCUACAGGAAACUCUUGAUACGGCGGCACCGGAAGGUGUAGCGCCGAAGGAAGUGUUAGUUUAAUCCAAAGAACAGGG